UUGUCUUUUACAGCUGUUAUCCAUGGUGGCAUUUAUAUGUGAAGAGAUCAUCGAUAAGUGUGAAACUUGUUCCGGAUUAUACAUCUUUGAGUUUGUCAGCUGCAGCGCCUCUUUAAUCAGCAUCCUCAUGCUUGUGGUUUACAUCUCACCACUAAAAAAUAAAAUCAACAUUCCAAGCUUCAAGAAAGUUGAUUUCUGGAUUACAUUGGUCACUGGUGGAGCGUUUCUCCUCGCCUCCAUUGUGUUUAUUGCCACGAUAGACAAGUCAUCACUUGCAGACACAUCUGUGGCUUUCGGGUUCCUCGCAUCCAUUGCAUUUUUAGUAGAAGUGUACUUCAUGUGGAGAAGUGACUACUUACAAAGGAAAGAGAAGCCCAAGCAAGCGCUGGCUGCAAAUGGUGGAGCCGAGGGGCAGCCUCUAACUGUUCCAGUCCAAGAAAACGUUUAA